AUGUUCCUACUUACGCUGCUAGCGAUUGAGGGGGCGGUUGGGAUGGAGAUAUGCGAAUAUUGGAAUCUGCAGAAUCGUCUUCAUGAACAUCCAGAAUGUAUGGAGGUUAUUCCGAAAGAAGCAUUGGCUUCACCCCACGAUCCAAUACCGCUAAAGGAAUUUACCCGAAAGUCGCAUCGUCCCGCUAAAAAAUUGGAACUUCGAGGUGCUUGUGUGGAAAAAGAGGUAUGGGCCUGUCGUGACUGUGAACCGACGUGUAAUAACCAAGCGCCGCUUUGCGAUCGGACGCAAUGCCUGAAGGGGCGAAAAUGCUUCAGCUGCCGCUUCGUUCAAUCAGGCUGUUAUCACGAAACUUCGCUCUUGGCUGCCGAUGGUGAACAACGUCUGGAAGGAGCUGAUGAAUCGGAGCUUCUUCUGAGCAGCUGUAUCGCGCUUCUACGGCCGGUUAUCAAAGGAGAACAAGAUAAUACAGCUGAAUUUGGGGAAAAGGUUAAGAUAGAUUUAUCAGCUUCAGUAGAGCAUGCAGUUCAAGAUGAAUUUAUUGAGGUAACUUGCGAUUCCACUGGACUAAUGACAAGAAACGUUUAUAAAUUUCAUUACCAUAACCUGCGGGCCAAGGAGGUCAACCUAGUCGGAAAAAAAAUUUUGCCUUCCACAACCGAGUACCCAGCCGUAAUUAUGUUGGGCCUGGAUUCGAUGUCAUUUGGGAAUUUUCGGCGUCAAAUGAAAGAUACCUACCGUAUUAUGCAAAAUAUGGGCUUCCAAGACCUCUCAAGCCAUGUAAAAAUCGGCGACAAUACGUAUGCAAAUUGGUUAGCGAUUCUGACAGGAAAACGCGGAACAGCUGUUAAGGAAUUCACAAACGAACUUCCCGAUGAAUGGCACAUCUGGUUUGAUGAAUUCCCGAUGGUUUGGAAGAAUUUUUCGGAGCACGGUUAUGCUACGUUAUUUGCUGAAGAUCGACCUGAUAUCGGGACAUUUAAUUAUUUUGGCGAAUUGAACGGAUUCAAGCGAGCGCCGACGGACCAUUAUUUUAGAAGCUAUUGGCUAGCUGCGUUUUGGUCGCUUGUUGGACUGAGGUCAAAACCAUUUUGCUAUGAUGGGACGCCAAAACAUGAGAUUCAACUUGAUUAUUUGCAGAGUUUCAUAAAAGAAUACCACGGAAAACGCAGCUUUGUCUUUUGGUGGAAUCAAGAUAUGAGCCAUGAUUAUUUGAAUGCAAUUGGCCAGACCGACCACAGCUAUGCCAUGACCAUGGCAAUCGAUACGAUAAGAUACGCGAAACGA